GAGGACACUCUGCUGCUGCAGCCUCUGAGAGGUUUGUCUCCGGUUUGAGGGAUAACUGGACGGAAAUGUCCGACCCGGUCAAACCUCGGACCUCCUUCCUCAUAGAGGACAUCCUGUCCCCGGAGGACGGCACAGCUUCUAACAACAAACGCUGCUCACAGAAGAGGGAAAGACGCCCCCAGUGGGAGGAAGGAGCCCAGGAGACGGCGUCCAGGGCUCAGAAAGCGUCCAUGAGUCUGGACCCGUCUCUGAGUCUGGACCCGUCCCUUAAUCUGGACCGGUCCCUGAGUCUGGACCCGUCCCUCGGUCUGGACCCGUCCCUCGGUCUGGACCCGUCCCUGAGUCUGGACCCGUCCCGCCCCGACUCCUCGGAGUCCGCGGGGAAGCAGAAGCGCUCCAGAGCUGCGUUCACACACCUGCAGGUGCUGGAACUGGAGAAGAAGUUCAACCAGCAGAAGUACCUGUCGGCCCCGGAGAGGGCUCACCUGGCCGGCACCCUGAGACUGACCGAGACCCAGGUGAAGAUCUGGUUCCAGAACCGCCGGUACAAGACCAAACGGAAGCAGCAAACGUCCCGGUUCUGCAGGGACGUGUGCAAAGCAGAGGGACUGGGGGACGAGCUGCUCCGAUCGUCCCUGAUCUCGUCCUUCUGCAAAGCCUACCAGUACGGACCCUACCUGUGGGACUACGGGGGCCCCUGGGGGCCCGCGGCGCUAUGGUGACCGGGAGAUUAUCAGGCGGCUCUCCUGAGCCACCGUUACAUGAAGUUAUGAAAAGUAACGUAAAGUACUGCAUGGGGGAGGGGGGGGGAGGUCGGAUGGAUGGCAAGGUUAAAACACAGGGCUCUCAAUCGGGAGAGUGGCGUUCAAGUCCCGUGGGAAAACACAAGACUUUCACCCCUAAACCAUUCAUAGGCCUACAUAAAAGUAAAAAGCACUGUGAUUCCUAUUUGGGCAAUAAUCAGAACUGGGCUUUUUCAGUUUUUUUUAAUUUUUGUUCCUUUUCAAUAUUUUUGCCACUUGCUUCAACGUUUUCGAUGCUUUUUUCGAGGGUUUCGCGGACCAAUUUUUGUCUUAUUUUUGAAGUCAAUUUUUCCAUAUUUUUGUCGCCUUUUCAAGUUUUUUUGUUUUAUGUUUUUACUUUUUUUAUGACCCUUUUCAAGCUCUUUGGUGUCUUCUGAUAUUUUUGUCUCUUUCUUUGAGUUUUUUUUCUGACCAUUUUUUAAAAUGUUUUUGUUGCUUUUUUAAAAAAAAUACAUGCAGACAUGUUCCAGGACCUCUCUAGAUAAUUGGAGAUCUCAGACGUUUUUGUGAGACAUCAUGCGAACACAUUUAUGAGAAUGAGAUGCAAUAUUGAAUCAAGCUUUAAUUAAUUAUCAUAAACCUGUGUGUAGCAUCCGUGAUAUUUAGGCUCUUUGUUCCUUGGUUGAUUCUUUGUUGUUUUGUCUGAUUGAUUUGGUGUUUUACGGUAAGCCGACAUGUACCAGGAAAUGAUUUUGUUUAUUCAUAAACACAAUCUGUAAUUCUGAAUGCUUUGAUAGA